UUCAUCAAACAUCGACAGCAAUUACGUCAUAAUCGAAGUAGGCCGACUAUAUAUUAUUAGUCUGAACAUUGAAAUAUGUAACGUAAAUUGAAGAUGUAUUUUUUUUAUUUCGUCAUAAAUAUUCAUAUUAGACUAAUUAAUAGUUUCAAGGUAUGACAUCAUUGGCUCACUAUUGUUGUGUUAACCUUUAAAAGAUUUGGAAAUACAACUGCUGGUUACAAGUAUACAGCUAUGCCUCACUUAGAGCUUAAAACGAACCUUCCUGACGAUGCAAUCACAGAGGAUUUCAUCAAACGAUGCGCUAAGCUUUUGGCAGUGACAACUGGAAAUCCAGAGAAGAUUGUCGGAGUUAUUGUUUCAUCAAAUAAAAGGAUAUUCAGUGCGGGAAGUUUUGACCCUGCAGUAUGGAUGUCAUUGUCUCUUAUCCCGCCAAUCAACGGAAUGUCAAUUGAGGAUAAGAAUAGAUAUUGUGACGAAAUCUGUUCGUUUGUAAUGAAAGAACUUAAUUUACCAGAGGAAAGAGUCGAGCUUUGUUUAAUGAUGUUUGACGCCAGUAAUGUUGGUUCCAAGUCGGGGACAGUACAAUCAGUAUGGACUAAGCAGGCUUCUUCGAAACCGUGAACUGCAAACCAAAAUCUUAACUGCAACUUGACAGUAUCCGCAACGAUAACAUUGACACACUAUUUUGGUAUCCUAUUAUCAAUCUUACAGUUUAUUCCAAAUUUGGAUUAUUUUUAUUGCAAGUGAUGAUUUCAAUUUAUGUUGGUUUGGUGAAAUUAACAAAAUAAGUAUUUGUACACAGUUAAGAACUUUGAGAAACACACAAAAAUUAUUUAUAGUAUUUUUUAUUUCUCCGGUUAGUUGCAUUAAUGUAUAAAACGGGAUCCUGAUAUGGGAAACUAACAUCUUAACAAAGAAGUCACAACUAAAAUAAAUAAAUAAAUGAAUGAAUAAAUAAUGGUACUUCUGAAUCAAGAUUUUACAAAAUUAACUGACAAAUAUUGAUUUAAUGUAGAGACUGUUUUUUUUCUGAUAUUAAUUUUAUCUCCUAUUUCACAGUGUAAUUCUGUUGUUGGUUCACUAUGAUGGCCAGCCAAUAAAUGUAGUCUUGCUAUGUGAAAUAAUAAAGAAUAUCGUAUGUCAUAUAAUUUAA